CUCAUAAUUUAGGUUGGAAGGGGCCUCCAGAGGUCAUCUAGUCCAACCCUACACUCAAAACAUGUCUAGUUAAAGGCAUGAUGCCUUAAAGUUUAGAUGGGCAAGGCCAUCUCCACUUGAGUCUUGACCGCUGCCAAGGAUGCAGAUUCCACAACCCCUCUGGGCUACCUGUUCCAGGAUUUCACCUGCCUCAUGAUUUAAUUAAAAAAAAAAAAAGUUCAUAAUAGCUAAUAGAAUUUCUCAUAUUUCCAGUUGUCUCUGUUCUUCCUCCUCUUCUCAGCAUGCCUCUGGGAAGUGUCUGACUCCAUCUUCUCUCUUUCCUGCAGUUGUAGAUGCAGUAAGGUCUCCCCUUUGACUUCAUUUCUGCAAGCAGAAGAGACACAGUUCUUUCAGCCUCUCCUCAUACAUCGUACCAUUAAGUAUUAGCAUUUCCACAGGUGGCAAGAGGAAAGCCAGGCAUAUAAAUGUAGGCAAACCAGAGAUUUAAUCCUUUAAGUAUUGCAUGAGCUGCUGUACUUAAUGAUCAAGUGUUCUAUUGCCUAUUACAGUAUUGCUCAGUGGGGGACCUGCUCCUGUUUUGCAUUAGCUCUAUUUUUUCUAUAUGUUAGCCUUCUUUCCCAUCUUAUUUUCUCUUUUUCAGCAUUUUUGUUUCUCCCCUAUCCUGUCUGCCAAAAUGGAAAUAAUUAAAUAGUUAAUAUUGGUAGGUAAAGCAUCACAGACUUACAUGAGCAUAACAUUCAAAGGAGAUGAAUAGAGCAGAAUAAACGAUAAUUCUCUUCAAACAAUUAUCUCAGCCUGCCUGCAACAGGAUAGUGGUUUAUAUCCAGCAGACCGCUGAAGACUACCCCAUGAUCACAACAGAAACUCAACAAUCAUCAGAGAAGGUGUUCUAAGCAGUAUUGGACCCACAGACGUCACUCUCUGACCUUGAGAAAAGGACUAGCUCAGUUCCUCUGGCCUUUGUAAUGUAUUAUUUGUAGAAGAUAUUGACAGCUUCAGGAGAAAAGCUUACUAGAACUGUAAAGAAUUAGUAAUAAUCACAAAGGGCUGAAGAAAUUAAUAUUUUAGUCUUCAGAGACAGACCUUACCGUUCCAAAUCAAUAUCAGAAUGUCUGCAUCACACUCCUCUGCGUUAGCAAGUUGAGAGGGAUUUUUAUGGUAAAGCCCAAUCUUGCCAUCAUCCUGUCUUUGCAUGCAGGAAUCAUAAUCAUGGCUUAUUCUACAUGAAGAAUUUGGCAUUCUAUCAAGAAGCAAAAUGAAAAAAACACAAUGAAAACAAAAGGCAGCCCACCUUCAACCAAGGCAGUGGUGUGUUGCAAGGCAGUCCUUAGCAACCUGCAGCCAGAGAGCCCCGUUGUGUUAGCAGAGUAGACUCAAGCAAAAGUGACAGUGGCUUGUUUACAGAAUCUUAUCAGGUGCUUCUGGCACAAAAAGAGCUUUGCAGGUGAGUGGAAGACUCACUGUGAAACAAAUGCAGUGUAGCAUUUUCAGUCAAUAUACUUAAUAAUCUGCCUAUUUUGCAAAUACAACAAAAAUUCCAGUAUCAUGCAGGAAAAGCUUAAGUACCUUUGUUUUGUUAAAUCUCCUGUCUUUUAGGACACAAGCUGUAACUAGACUUCUAAGCCACAGAUUUUGGCACAGAAGGCCAUGUGUGGCCUAUUUGAAGGUCUGUUCAGCGCAGAAGCAGAACUGAUGCUCUAUCACGAGGUGGCAGUGUGGCUUGUGACACAGAUGUGUCUCCACUGGGUUUUCAGAGGCUGUUCCAACAGGCCAUGCUACUCUGGAGAAACACACCCAGAAAUCCAGGCUGGGUUUAGAGCCAGCUCAGCGUGCUCACCGAGGGAGUCACAAAGAUAGUCCAGGGCACUAGAAUCCUUCAUUAACAGUGGAUGCAACUGGUUUUUGCACUUUGUGCUGAUUUUGUCAAAGCAUUUUCUGUCUGAGGAACCAGAAUAUUGGGAAGUUAGCACCCUAUCCAGUCACUGACCUAAACAUCCACAUUUUUAAGCAUCCUGAGAAUGAUAAGUGAUCUGUGUAUGUUACCAAAUCGAGUCAUUCAAAAAAUGCAAGUUUAGGUUAAGUAUUAAGUUUAAAAAAAUAAGCAAUUAUCACUGCUUAGUGUUUCACUUCCCUACUGCUUUCUCAUUAUUUAGGAGGAAAACAGCUGUUGUGUGAUACUAUGAAGAAAGAAAAUUCCAAGUGGAAGUUAAGAUUUUGAAGUGUUUUCCAGAUUUUCCUUCCGAUUCCAGAAGGAAACUUAAACUCUGGAAUAAGCCAUAUUUCUCUUGAAGAUAAAAUCACAGCUGUUAACCACGUAGUCUCAUUUUCCCAGUUUUACAUCAGUGUUGUUUGGUUAAUAACAGCAAGUUCAUUGCUGACCAACUCGAGAAUGAAUAAAGCCAUCGGAAGAGGGAUACUACACACUAGAUGUAAUAAAAGCAAUGAGUAGAACAAGCAGAUGCAAAGAUCUGCUUGUUUUGGAGAUGGUGAAGAAAUGGCAGGUGGAGCAAAGCUUUCUGUGAUGAUCCUGGUGGAGUGACUGCUGUCGCUGGAGUGCAGUUGCCCGGCACUGUGGAAGAGGCAGAGAGUUGCCCGAACCAGACCUCAGCAGUCCCAUUGAGGUAGCACUAGAGAUCAGGAACACCAGCUGCUGUUCUGCUCUACCAGCCACAUCACCAGGGCAACAUGGCAUUCGCAGGCAAAUACGAAUUCGAAGGUGAUGAGAACUACGAUGAGUUUGUGAAGGCAAUUGGUCUCCCCAGUGACAAGGCUGACAUGGGAAGGAAUUGCAAAAUAGUCACUGAGGUGGUGCAGAAUGGAAAUGACUUCACCUGGACGCAGCAUUUCCCAGGAGGCCGCACCACGACCAAUACAUUCACAAUUGGCAAGGAAGCGGACAUGGAGACAAUGGGUGCUAAAAAGUUCAAGGCAACUGUUAAAAUGGAAGAUGGGAAAAUAGUAGCUGAUUUUCCCAACUACCGUCACACUGCAGAGAUUUCUGGAGGAAAGCUAGUAGAGAUUUCUACUGCUUCUGGUGUCGUCUACAAAAGGACCAGCAAAAGGAUUGCUUAAGGCAGUAAGGCCGGUUUCUUCCAGUGCACUGAAAAAUGAACUACAAUACAAAUAAAUAAAAUAGAGUGCUGAUUGUCUUUA